AUGGAGCUGAUCACGAGCUCCCGCUCGUCCCGUGUGCGUCACAAAGGAGGUCAUGUUCACUGCGACUCGUGCUACUCACGCCGCUGCAGGGCGCGAGUGGAGCCCUCGGUCUGCUGCCCGCUCAGUACCUGCCGCCUCCUGUGUGGGGCGCUCUUCCACCUGUGCAAAGAGGAGGAGCACCUGCUGCUCUGCCCCAACGUCCGCGUCCCGUGCAUCAACGCUGAAGCGGGAUGUCCGCUCCAGAUGCCGCGCUCCUCCCAGGCCCAGCACCUGCAGUUCUGUCCCGCCAGCGUGGUCUCCUGCUCCAUGGAAUGGAAUCGAUGGCCAGCAGAAGACGCACACUCACAUCCAAACACAGAGUUACAUGAGAAUCUGAUGAGGGAAAGAGGUCGGGGAGAGUGUUUGGACUUAGCUAUGGCCUUGAAGGACCAGGACCGGCUUUUUCACUCCUUAAAAAUGAAGAAUUUGUUCCCAGAAUUAACAAAGAACGUGGAGCGAGCAGAAGAACAGGAGAAGAAGAGAAAGGAGAAACUCAAAAAGGCUGCAUUGGAAAAAGCAAACGCGUUAAAACCAAAAAAGUGGCAGUACUUUGACCACUACAACGUCUGUCAGACUGAGAGAGACGAUAGUGAAGAUGAUAGUGAAGAAGAGGAUGUUUUGGAAGAAUUGUUGGAUGUUUUACCAGAAAUAGAACUGAGCCAAGCAGAGAGAGAGGCCAUCGCUUAUCAGCAAGGAGUGGCACCAGAGAUGCUGCAGAAUUACAGCGUAUGGGAGCGAAUGUUCAACAUGGAGAAGGGCGGGUGCAGAGAGGCCACUAUGGCAGAGAAAACCAGUGACAAUAGCUUGGAUACCUUAUCCAGUAAAGACAAGUUCAAUGAGGGAUGUUCAGGUGUGAAUCCACAGACCUCUGUCCUGGUACCGGCUGCUGCUACAUGUGCAACAGUGAAAGAGAAGUUCACUUACAAAGGGAUCGAGCCCAUGAAGAUCACAACAGUGCGGACAUUCAAAAUCCCAACCAGUUUUUCCGCUAAGGGCAAUCGAAUAAGAAACCCAUGGUUCAAAAAGAAGGAGAAUAAAGCAGUGGACACCAGUGACCUGGGGCUGGCGCUGGUGGACAUGCCCGUGUGGGAGGAGAUACAGGCCUCUCUGCUGUGCUCUCUGGAGUGGGAGCAGCGCGGUCACAUGAUCGCGGAGAGCGUGGCCACAGACGGUCUGCUCAUGGACCAGGGCACCCAGACGUACAAUUUUCUCUCCUCUCCGUUCUGCAGUGAUGCGAGUCUGCGGGACUUGUCUGAGAACAAGGCCCCAGAGCUGCACCUGCAGCUGCAGGUGGAGGCGGUGACCAGCCGCCAUAACAAGGCCAGCUCCGCCUUCAACUUCCUCUGUGCACGUAGCUUCCAGCGCCGUGAAUAUGGCGUGCACUACAAGAACAUCCACAGUGACAUCCACAUGUGUGUAAACGGCUGGUUCGAGCAGCGCUGUCCUCUGGCCUAUCUGGGAUGCACCUUCAGCCAGAAGAGGUUUCGCCCACAAUCCUAUGAUGCGACUGUCAAUUACAAUGAGGAGCUGGGUUGCUUCAGCCUCCACCCGCUCUCCCCUCUGCCCCUGGACAGUGACAGGGCAGGACAGAGCGCCGCCCGGAGGAGGAGAGGUGGACUGGACGCUCUGAGCUCGCUGCCCUUCGAGGUGCUGUGUCACAUGGCCUCGUUCCUGGACAGUCUGUCGCUGUCGCAGCUCGCUCUGGUGUCCAACCUGAUGAGGCAGGUGUGCUCCUCUCAGCUGCAGGACAGGGGCAUGGUAUCCCUGCACUGGGACAGGACCACGGGCUCCGGAGGCAAGAGCCAGUGGAGGGUCACCCAUAAGAUUUGGGAGUUCAGCACCUGCUUCGCUCCGGUGGACUCGUGGUGUUUCCGGGACGUCCCACCGAUAUCGGAGCACCUCAGGACGUGUCCGCACUACGAGACCGAGCCCAGGACCGAGAGGGUCUCACUUCCCCAGGUCCGAGAGCAGCUCCUGAAGCAGAGCAGCUGCAAAAAGCCCACUCUGGUCAGCCUCCUGCAGAACAGAAAGCUCAUCAUGUAG